AUGGCAUCUUACAGUGGUAAGCAACCUGCCGGGAUAAAACCGAAUGAUCCUUUCUAUGCUAUGUUUCCCAAAAAUUGCAUAAAGAAAACGAUAGCAAUCUGGCUCUUAAGGAAUCUGUCAAUUGCAGAACCCAUAGAGGGUGAAAAACCUAUGUCUAUUUUGACGUAUUUCAUGUCUAUGGAUGAGGAAAAUUUCUGGUCGGCGAUAGACCACUGUCCCGACUGUACGGCCUACAUUAUUUUUGAAGCGCAUAUGCGGCGCUGGCAGAGGAAAGCUGUUCAAUCAGCUAACGCGGCCGCCCAAGAAAAUGAUUUAGACAUAGACAUGUUAUUUGAGUGUAAUUUGGAGAACCAGCCAGAACUUUUUUGUAGCAGAAAACUGCUACGUCGUAAGUGUGUAAUUAAUUUGUUCGAAGAUAAUAAGGUCGUAAAGAAUUAA